AUGAAUAGGUGUUACUUUGAGAAGACUAUGGAUUUCUUUUAUAACAACAGUCAUAAUCAAAAUCAAGAAUGCACUGCUGCACCUGACUGGUCUGGGACGCCUCUCAUAAUUGUCUUAUGUUUUGGAUCAUUUUUCUGUCUCUUCAUCUUCCUGUCUAAUGUAAUGGUAAUAGCAGCAGUGAUUAUCAACAAACGAUUCCAUUUUCCUUUUUAUUACUUGCUUGCUAAUUUGGCAGCAGCAGAUUUUUUUGCAGGUAUAGCAUAUGUUUACCUAAUGUUUAACACCGGGCCCGUUUCAGCAACUCUUACAGUACAUUGGUGGUUUGUGCGCCAAGGCCUUUUGGACACCAGCUUGUCUGCAUCACUUGCAAACCUGCUUGUCAUAGCUUUGGAACGCUAUAUCUCAGUAAUGAGGAUGAAGGUGCACAGUAACCUCACCAAGCGACGUGUGAUUUUUCUCAUUGUUCUUGUCUGGGCUGUGUCCAUCUUGAUGGGGGCAGUACCAAGUUUGGGCUGGAAUUGCAUCUGCAGCCUUGAUGUCUGUUCUGUGCUGGCCCCGGUGUACAGUCGAAGCUAUUUAAUAUUCUGGUCUGUGUCGAACCUUGUAGUGUUUCUAAUAAUGCUGGUUAUUUACCUGAGGAUUUAUCUGUAUGUGAAGAAGAAAACAAUUGUUCUGUCAUCGCACACCAAUGGUUCGAUAAGUCGCAGACGAACCCCAAUCAAGCUCAUGAAGACAGUGAUGACAGUUCUAGGCGCAUUUGUAAUCUGUUGGACACCUGGACUCGUUCUGCUUCUUCUGGAUGGACUGCACUGUACCCACUGCAAGCUGUGUAGUGUCAAACGGUGGUUUUUGUUGCUAGCCUUGCUGAAUUCUGCCAUGAAUCCAAUUAUCUACUCUUACAAGGAUGAAGAAAUGUGGAAUACCUUUAAGAACAUACUUAGGUAUAUUUUUUGCAGGAAAAACAAUGAAAUGGUGUCAAGGUCAAACUUAAGAGCCUUGAGUUCCAGCAUUGACAAUGGAAGCAGAUACACCGAUGAAAGCCAGGCCUCGUUCCGUGAGGGUCUUAAAGCAUAGCUAAGUGACAGAC